CUGGCCCAGCACAAGUUGGAGGCUCCUGGCCGCCUGGACGUGCCCGCUGGCCGCGUGUCUGUCACAGCUGCCAUGUCUGCCGACGGGGCCGGGGCAGGGGCCGAGGCCGGCGCCCAGGUGGCCGCGGAGGAGCCGAUGACACAGCCCAGCGUGGUGGACCGCGUGGUCAGCCUGCCCCUCAUCAGCUCCACGUGCGACAUGGUGUCCGCCGCCUACACCUCCACCAAGGAGAGCCAUCCCUGCGUGAGGACUGUGUGCGACGCAGCCGAGAGAGGCGUGAGGACGCUUACCACAGCGGCCGCCAGCGGGGCCCAACCCAUCUUGGCCAAGCUGGAACCUCAGAUCGUGUCGGCCAGCGAGUACGCCCACCGGGGGCUGGACAGGCUGGAGGGGAGCCUGCCCAUUCUGCAGCAGCCCACAGAGAAGGUGCUGGCAGACACCAAGGAACUCGUGUCAUGCAAGGUGUCCGGGGCCCGGGAAAUGGUGACUGGCGCCAAGGACUCUGUGGCCACCCGGGUGGCCGGGGCAGUGGAUGCCACCAAGUCAGCUGUGGCCAGCGGCGUGCACUCGGUCACGGGCUCCCGCGUGGGCCAGAUGGUGCUGAGCGGGGUGGACACUCUGCUGGGCAAGUCGGAGGCCUGGGCAGACAACCACCUGCCCAUGACAAACGCCGAGCUGGCGCGCCUCGCCACCUCGCUGGAAGACUUCGACAUGGCCUCAGUGCAGCAGCAGCGGCAGGAACAGAGCUAUUUUGUGCGGCUGGGCUCGCUGUCUGAGAGGCUGCGGCAGUACGCCUACGAGCACUCGUUGGCCAAGCUGCGUGGGACCCGGCAGCGGGCGCAGGAGGCGCUGGGCCAGCUGGCCCAGGCACUCAGCCUGAUGGAGUCGGUCAAGCUCGGCGUGGGCCAGAAGCUGGUAGACGGGCAGGAGCGGCUGCACCAGAUGUGCCAGCGGUGGAGCCAGAAGCCACCCGGGGAAAAGGACCCGGCCAAGCCUGAGCAGGUGGAGUCCCAGGCGCUAGGCAUGUUUCGCGACAUCGCCCAGCAGCUGCAGGCCACCUGCACCUCGGUGGCGGGCAGCGUCCAGGGGCUGCCGGGCCACGUGAAAGAGCAGGCGCAGCUGGCCCGCCACCGGGCGGAGGAACUGCAGGCCGCCUUCGCCAGCGUGCACUCCUUCCAGGACCUGUCCGGCAGCCUGCUGAGCCAGAGCCGCGAGCGCCUGGCCGAAGCCCGCGAGGCCCUGGACCGCGUGCUGGAGUACGUGGCCCACAACACGCCUGUCAUGUGGCUCGUGGGACCCUUCGCCCCUGGAGUCACCGAGAAGGGCCCCGAAGAGCAGGCAUAGUGGGGAUGCCAAGGCUCAGGGCUUCUGUCUGCCCACCCUGGAGGAGCCAGCAGGGACCCUGCAUUUCCCAGCCAGGCGGCUGAAUUCAAAACCAGCUUUUUAUUUUUAUUUUUUUUUUCCCUAAACCCUCUUUUUCUAACCCUUGGUUUGGGAAAACGAGGGAUCCCACAGCCAGUCCCCCGCCCCUUUCAAGUUUGGAAGAGGUGUGUGCUGCGUGCGGCCUCACCCCAUCUACCAGCAGAGGGAACUUUCUGGGAACAGAUUUUUUUUUUCUGGAAGUUUCUGGAAUGUUCCUUCCCAAAACAGAACAAAAUCAGGUAUCUUGUCCCAUUCCGCUUCUUUUCCAACAUCAAGGCCUGCAGAGAUCAGCCUUCUUGAGUGGAUAAACUCGCUCCUGCUUGGCGAGCCCAGAUGAAUGACCCGGGUGCUAAUUUCUGCCUUAAUACAUUUUAUCUGCAGCUGCC